UAUCCUGCGUUCAGUGAGCACAUUAUCCACAGUGCUCCUUGCGCUUUUAUUUUUUCCGCACGCUUAUGUCACUUUAUGCUCUUUUGCAUUUAUAGCUCUAGAGCUUUUGCUUGCAGGACCAUAUUUAUUUGCAUUAUCAAAUUAAGGUGCUGUAAAAAAAAGUUGAUUAGUUUAAACCACAGACCUCUUCUCGGAAUGACAUCGUUGCAGUUCAAAGAUGCUUUUUGGGGAGGAGACUUCACCAGCCAUCCUGGGUACGAGGCCCUGACUCAGAGAAUGAGAGACGGCCGACGUGCCUGCAGGGAUUUCGAGGAUCUCCUGAAGAUGAGGGCACAGGCAGAGGAGCGCUAUGGCAAGGAGUUGCUGAUGAUAGCAGGGAAGGCAGGGGGUCAGACUGAGAUCUGCACAUUGAAAGCAUCAUUUGACCAACUCAAGGCCCAGAUAGAGAGCAUCGGCCAUUUGCACAUCCAGCUGUGCGGUAUGCUGAAGGAGGAAGUGAGGAGGAUGGAACAGUUCCGAGAACGACAGAAAGAACAGAGAAAGAAGUUUGAAGGAAUCAUAGAGAAAGUUCAGAAGAUGAAGGUGUCCUCAUAUAAGAAGACAAUGGAGUCCAAACGAUCCUAUGAGCAGAAGUGCAGGGAGGCCGACGAGGCAGAGCAAGCCGUAGAGAGGCUGGGGACCAUGGCAACAGCCACGCCCAAGCAGAUCGAAAAGGCGCAGAACAAGGCCAAGCUGUGCAGAGAGACGGCCAGCGAAGCUGAGAAGCAGUACGUGUCCAGCGUGGACCAGCUGGACAGCGUUCGUCAGGACUGGGAGAGCACACACCGCAGCACCUGUGAGGUGUUCCAGCAGCAGGAGGAAGACCGCAUCAACAUCCUGAGAAACGCCAUGUGGGUCCACUGCAACCACUUCUCCAUGCAGUGCGUCAAAGAUGACGAGUUAUACGAGAAGGUGAGAAACAGUCUUGAGGAGUGCGACAUCACUGCUGACAUCAACGGCUUCAUCGAGCUUAAGCAGACCGGACCGAAUCCACCAGCACCCAUUGUGUUUGAGAAUUACUACGACAGGGCGCACCCCCCGGACAGCAACGGCAGCAUGCGUUUUGGAGGCGCAGGGGCAGUGAUUAAAAGGUUUUCAAAUCUAUUGCAAGGAUCCUGUACCGUUGCCUCGAAAGCAAACACCAGUGAGAGCUCUGAACACAUUCCGCCACCUAGUGGUCAGAACAUAUGGCAUGACUCCUGUGAGGAGACAGAUGGAGCAUAUGCUUCCAUACCUGCCCUGCAGGGGAAACCCAGAACAGAGACAGUGGAGGAUGGUGGAUAUAUAGCACUAUACGACUACAUUGCAAAGAAUGAAGACGAGCUGUCCAUCUCGACGGGGGACGUUGUCAUAGUGACCGAGCAGGGCGAGGACGGCUGGUGGAUGGCGGAGAGGAAUGGACAGACAGGACUGGUUCCAGGAUCAUACCUGGCCCAACCUUGAUCUCUCUCAUACACGUGUACACACAUGUUUACAUGUGCAGACAGAGACACACACACACACACACACACACGUCAACACUGGGCUGUGAAAAUACCCUUAUUGGUAUAACAUAAAUGGCCUAAGAUGGCCCAUUCGUUUUAACUGUACAUAAAAAGGGGAAAAUACAUAAGAUUCAUGGAGGAAAUUACCAACGAUGCAGCAGAGAGGGAGCAAAACUGCACAGGCCUGACAUACGUGCACACAUAUGCCCCAUUACUCGCGUGAUGUCAUCAGAGACGGACAGGAAUCUCCUCCAGCCUGCGAUCCAGCCCUGGCCCCCCGAGGCUGUCGGUCACCCAAUUCGUUUCCACGGCAAUCAUGGCUGAUCACACACUGAACAACUCUGAGAGAAAAGUCUAGCAAUUAUUUAUUUAAAAGAAUGGGCCAUAAAGUGCAGGCGUUAGCCUGUGUCUCCAUCUCAUAAACCAAAGAACGCAGGGGCAGACUGCGAGCCUUCUUGUUCAUUACGCAGAUUUUGGCUGAGAAUAUUUCUCCCUGCUUUACUGCACAUCCAAAGAGCUUUCUGCAGGUGAACUGAGGCGCCGUCUCUGACCUGCCUUCAGAUUUCAUGUGUCCAUGCAUUUACAAUAGACCUUCAUAUGGUUCCCAAUCUUUAUUCCUCACCAGCUUUGCGGAUCAAACUGUUUUCCUGUCAUCUGUGGUGUGCUCUUGAAGACUCCAGCAAGAUCUGUUUCAGACCUCUGUAUUCAGCUGUAAUCUACUUAUUUAUAAUAUUUUUUGUUUCGUUUUUAAAAUGAACUGGGGUAUGCUUUUUCCAGCAGUUACUAAUGGUCGAAAAAUAAAUAUAUUCUGGAAAGACUGCACUUUA